GAUCUUUGAUCGAAUCUCAAUCGAAUCAAGCAUUGCAGUGGUACCAUAUACCCGUACCGGUACAGUUCUGUGAGCCCUUGACACGAUGAAAUGAUGAAGGCUUUGACACCAAUGCGACCUCCAACACGUACAUUGUAGCCUGUCACUCUACUGCAGUGCUUUGCAUUUGCAUUGGUAGUACUUGUUUUAUGGCCUUGCGAAGGCGAGAAGGCAAAAUCUUUCCUGAUGAAGAACCAACAACCAACAAACGUAUGUCCUCAUUAUUUGCGCCCUGAAAGCCCAUCGAAAGCAUACCUACCCAAUAGUCUGCUGUGCUGAUAUCAAAAUAAUAAAACGACAGCAACCAUGAUCUUCUAUAUCACUCUAUGUUCUCUGUUUUCAUUGCUCAUGGCAUGGGCCCCUGCAACACACCCCGCCCCCAGCAAACUUCCCAAGGCACUGGAAUUUGCGGAAAAGGCAUGGCGAUUUCCCAAGAAUUCUCCGGAUGAAACUGCACCUUUUGCCCAGACGGUUUCUCACGACCGCACAUUUCCCUGGUCACCCACGGCGACAGUGAACGAUGAAGAUCAAUCGCUGUCGUCCAUGGAAGGUGGCGAAGAAGAACAAUUUUACUUUGAUGGACACACGUCCGUCUCGUUGCGGUGGCCCACUCGUCAAGCCUUUUUGGACUCGCUGCACAAACCGGCCUUCCACAUGACGGUCGAUAAUGUCGUGCAAGAACAAGAACAAGAAGAAGAAGAAGACUGCGAAGAACACUAUUACGAUGACACGGGGGAUGUCCUGUGUUGGGCCACCAUGGGAGCCGCCAUGGCAUCCAGCGCGCAACCAGAACCAGUAAUGAUGGAAGAGGAGGAAGAAGAAUGCGAGCAUACCUACUUUGAUCGAAUUGGAGGGGAUGAGCUAUGUUGGGCAACCUUUCUGGAUGUGGCACAAACUGUAGACAUUGCCAAGCAGUUGACAUCACAUCCCGGAAAUGGAAGAGAACACAUGGACGAGGAAGAUUGCGAGGAGACGUGCUACGACGAUACUGGAGACUUGCUAUGCUGGGCCAUCUAGCUAGCGAUCAGCCAGAGAACAAGAUCUGUUUCGACUCAUUUCAAAUCAAUGACGCCAUCGGAGUCGAGCCUGUUCAUUAAUUAUCGUUGAAUGUAUCCAUUAGCUAGAGCGCAGCACCAAAAGUAAAUUUUGCCUAUUGUAAAAUGUCAUUGCACAACCUC